AUGGCCAGCCCAUCCACACACGCAAGUGGCAGACCAAGAGGCCUAAAAUGGCAGCAACAGCAGCCCAAAUCCACAGCUACAGCCAACGAUUACACCGACAGGUGGGAACCACAACUGGAGCCACAUUAUACAUACCGAUUAGGUCCUCUGUCCACACUGGACACUCUUCUCCCACACCGCUGGACCAAGGGGAGUGCAGCACGCAUCAUCGCUGCAACUAACUGCGCAGUGGGAGCACACCCAGCCCCAACAGGGCAUCGGCUGAUCCACUCAGUGCCCAAUAUUCAUUAUCUCUUAAUACCCUAG